UUUUUCCUCUGCCGCCGAACUGCCAUUCAUCUCCGCCGUCGUCCUUCCCUCAUCUCCUCCAAUCCCAGGAAAAAAGUAACUUUACGAAAAGCCCAAUAAAAAUCCUUCUUCCACUUCGUAGCUUCCGCUAGGUUUGCGAUCCAUUUCGCUUUCGUUUUCGUUUUCGUUUUCGUGGAGAUUGCAACAAUGGCGCAGGUUCAGGUUCCUUCGCAUUCGACCACGCCUUCUCCGAUUACGGCGGCGGACGGGAUGAUUUCGGCGUCUGCUGCUGCUGCGGAUGGGGCGAUGAGAAUGAGUUGAAUUUCUCCCAUAUCAAUGGCAAGAUGAUCAGAGUGACAUGCUCUUCUCUUCGUGGAAGCGGCUUUGGUACCUUAUUCGUCAAGAAUUCGGACAAGAACAAAGCCCUGUAAGUUUGUAACUGAUCACUUGGGUCGGUCCAGAGGAUAUGGUUUUGUGCAGUUUGAAAAGGAGGAUCCAGCUAAAAAUGCGGCUGAGAAGCUGAAUGCCGCAUUGCUUAAUGGAAAACAAAUCUUCGUUGGACCGGACCCUUUCUUUGCACGGAGGAAAGAGAGUCUGGUGCAAAUAAGAAAAAGUUCAACUAUGUUUAUGCGAAGAAUCUGUCAGAAACAUCAUAUGAUGAUUUGAAGGAUAUUUUUGGUCAAUAUGGAAAUAUCACAAGUUCUGUGGUUAUGAGAGAUGGGGAUGGAAAAUCCAAGUGCUUUGGAUUUGUCAACUUUGAGAAUCCUGAAGAUGCAGCUCAAUGUGUUGAAGGCAGAAAAAGUUCGGUGAAAAAGGAAGGGUAUGCUGGUAAAGCGCUGAAGAAAUCUGAGAGGGAACUAGAACUGAAGGGAAGAUGCGAACAUGGCUUGAGAGAGACAGGGAACAAGUUUGAAGGAUUGAAUUUGUUAUGCGUGGCACUAGCAAAGGAUCGGGAUUUGCUGCCUUCUCAGACGCUGGAGAAGCUUCUAGAGCUAUCACGAGGAUUACGCCUAGUGCAUUGGAUGACGACGACCUGAGAGAGGCAGCAUCAUGUACGGGUUUUGUAUUUUAGACUACGGGAAUUGUAUUCCCAUAUUUUGCACGAUGUGCGUUUACUAUUCGGACAUGUGUUGUUUUGCGAUAUUGAUCGUGUGUAUUUCCGCUGCGUAUUAUGGUUAAAA